UGCAUAUACUGAAAGCAUGUUGAAAGGAAAAUAAGUGUUUGAACAGAAAGCCAGGAAUCUCAGUAUGAAUCAGUCUAGAUCUAGAUCAGAUGAUGAUGGUGAAGAAACCUCAUUUCAAGACCAUGAUCAUCAUGAGAAUGAGAGAUGGCAGCAAGAGCGUCUCCACAGAGAGGAAGCUUAUUAUCAGUUUAUUAAUGAACUCAGUGAUGAAGAUUACCGGCUAAUGAGAGACCAUAAUCUUUUAGGCACCCCUGGAGAAAUAACAUCAGAAGAACUACAACAGCGGUUAGAUGGAGUCAAGGAACAAUUAGCAUCUCAACCUGACUUGAGAAAUGGGACAGAUACCAGAGAGUCAGAAGUCACUAGAGAAAGUUCAAAUGAAGAUUCUCUGCUAGAAUGGUUGAAUAUCUUUCAUCAUACAGGCAAUGCAAUUCGAAGUGGACAGAAUGGGAACCAAACUUGGAGAGCUAUGAGUCGAAUGAACCCUAAUAGUGGAGAGUUUCGAUUUAGUCUGGAAAUCCACAUCAAUCAUGAGAACAGAGGAUCUGAAACUCAUGAUGAAGAUUAUACAGUCAUUCCACUUUCAGACAUCAGCAGUGAUCAUUCUACAAAUAGACAGCAAAGAUCAGCUAGUCCUGUGGCUAGGCGAACAAGAAGCCAAACCUCACUGAAUUUCAGUGGUAAUAGUUCCAACAUUCGAAGAACUAGGCUUGGCUCAAGAGGGCAAAAUUCAGUAGAAGGAUCUUUCUCAAUGUCAGGAAGAUUAAGAAAUGAAACCGGGAGAGCAGUUGGCAUUCCAAGAAGUAGGGCUCGACGUGCUAAUUUCAGUAGUCACACAAACCAGUCAGGUGGUAGUGAAGUGGGGCAAAGGGAGGGACAGCGAUUUGGAGCAGCACAUGUUUGGGAAAAUGGGGCUAGAAGUAAUGUUACAGUGAGGAAUACAAACCAAGGAUUAGAGCCAAUAAGAUUACAAUCUACUUUCAAUAGUCGAAGCCGUUCACCAAUUCAAAGACAAAGGGGCACUGUUGAUCAUAAUUCACAAAGGGAAGGUAGACCUGUACAACAAACAAUUAGAAGGUCUGUUAGGAGGAGAAGUAUAACUCAUGUCUUCUUAGAACAAGAUAGAGCACGCAGAGGUAGAGCAUAUACCCAAUUCUCUAACUCAAGACUUGUGUCAAGAAUAACAGUAGAAGAAGGAGAAGAAUCUAGUAGAUCCACAACUGCUGUACGACAUCCAACAAUCACCCUGGACCUUCAAGUGAGAAGGAUUCGCCCUGGAGAGAGCAGAGAUGGGGACAGUAUUGCAAACAGAACUCGAUCUAGAGUAGGACUCACAGAAAAUACAGUCACCAUCGAAAGCAAUAGCAGAGGCUUUCAACGAACUAUUUCUCGUUUAGAGCAGUCAGGUAUUCGGACCUAUGUUAGUACCAUAACAGUUCCUCUUCAUAGAAUAUCUGAGAAUGAGCUUGUUGAACCAUCCUCAGUGGCCCUUCAGUCGAUUUUAAGACAAAUAAUGGCUGGAUUUGGAGAACUGAGUUCUGUAAUGGAGACUGAAUCUGAGUCAGAGAUUCAGAGAAAUGGUCAGCAUUUAUCCGAGAUACACUCAGAACUAAGGAACCCUGGUCCAGUGAAUGACAUCAGCCAGCACCAUGGAGCUUCAUCUCAGGCCAGGCGAGCCCAAGAAGACAGCACUGGAAUGGGUGGUGAAAAUGAGACCACACAGCCUCACACACAAAACAGUGAUAGAAGUGGUAGGCAGUUGGGAAAUCCAAAUAACUUAGUGGAAACUGGAACACUACCUAUUCUUCACCUUGCUCACUUCUUUUUACUACAUGAAGGUAAUGGUGAUGAUCACAUACGUGGUUUAAACAAAGAGCAGAUUGAUAAUCUUUCUACCCGGAACUAUGAUCCUAACAGUAUUGACAGUGAACUAGGUAAAAUUUGUAGUGUUUGUAUCAGUGACUAUGUAACUGGAAACAAGCUCAGGCAGUUACCUUGCAUGCAUGAAUUUCACAUCCAUUGUAUUGACCGAUGGCUCUCAGAGAAUUGCACUUGUCCUGUCUGUCGGCAGCCUGUCUUAGGGUCUAGUACAGCACACAAUGGAUGA